AUGCAGGGGGUUAUAUGCAAGCGAUACCAAAAAGUGCAGUUGGAAAUAAGGAAAAAAGCUAAAAGAAAGAUGGAGUCAAGAGUUAAAGAGCCAAAAUUAGAAGAUGUUCAUUUUCUAAGAGAAAUUUGCAUUGUAAGUAACUCAAUGAGCGUGAAGAAUCUGGAAUCACACAGUAGCUCUUUUAAAAUAUAUGCGCGGACAUCUCAGUACAUUAUUCAACACGCGAACAAACAACAUAGUGUACUCCAAAAUGAUAUGAGCCAGCCCCAUUAUGUAGCCCCGAGUGAAAUGCAAAAAAUACAAAAGUUGUGGGGCAAAGUUUAUUACCCCCCCUCUCUUUUCCACUUGGCGCCUACGUACAAUCGAAUAUUGCCUGUUGCAAUCCGAGACAUUUUACGUGCCCGAAAUCUUUUGGAAGUAUAUGGGGUGGAAGGUUUGGAACAACACAACCAAGGUUUUAUUCUCAUCAACAAUUAUCCCGUUCGCAUGAUCCAGAUAUCGGGAAGGCUUCUUUGGUUCACUUACAAGAACUUUGAUCAAGGCGAUCAGAGAAGCAAUUACAAUUUUCUCUUGUUGUUUGUAGACGAUUGUUCAGGGGAUAACCUGUCUAUAUGUAUCAAGAUCCAAGAAUCAUGUUUGAAAGUACCAUUGGCAAAGCUCAAAGAAAACCUCCUCAUAGAAGUGACUGGCACGGUUUCCCAUGUGCUCGACUAUGAGAAGCAGAUUGUUGGCACUGACCUCCGUAUAUUGGGGAACCAUAAUGAUUUUACUGCGGAAAUCGAAACAUGGGCUCGCAUUUUGAAAGCUAGAAAACUAUUGCUUCAUCCAUGGCAGUGCGUCGCAGAAGGUGACCUGCUUUCGAGAGACUCUGACGAAAUCACAGAGCUUCGGAAGGACCAAUUUGAGUUAAAGAUCAAAGGUUUGGGCCACAAUAAUGAGAACUCCUCUACUUAUGGAAGCACUCCAUACUACACGGCUAGUGAUGGCCUUACAGAUGCAAGUGACAGCAAUGAGCCGAACUACAUGAACACUUUUUACUCCACCAUCGAAAGUUCACCUAUAGCCAAAUUAUACUCUCAAGAGCGAUUCGGGAUUCUGCGUUACAACGAAAAUCCAGAUACAAUUGAUCUUACCGACAGUUACAUCGGAGAGUAUGUGUCCGAACCCAUUGCAGAGAAAGCCGUUUCAGUCACAUCAGAAAACCUGCUGGUUAUUGUGAUUGAUUAA